AGAAUAUAUUUUCAAGUUGAAGUUGUGGCUCAAACUCACAGAUAGAUUAGCACUUAGCAUUUACUAAGAAAGGAUAAAGGAAGGAACACUUUCGUUACAUUUCUCCGCCCAUUCCUACCUUGUUCCUCCUUUUCUCCUUUUCUUUUUCGUAUUCGGGGUUGCUGCUUUCUUUCGACUCUAUUGUCUUCUUAAUAAAUACAGAAAGAAACAAAAAAGAAAAAAGUUUAUAGGUGCCUAGAAGAAAAGACAAUAUAGUGUGGAGCAAUUACGUUUGAUCACAAGGGAAAUUAAAGGUGCAACGGUUUUGCAAGAUAGCAUAGAAGAUUUUGAAGAAUCUUAGUUGCAAUAUAGUUGUGCAGUUGUUGAAAUGGGGGCUCCUUUAUCAGCAUGGCCUUUGGAGAACUUUGGAACAUACAAGUAUCUAUUGUAUGGGCCGUUUGUGGGAAAAGUCCUGUAUGAAUGGUUCUAUGGUGAAGAACACUCCUACUACAACCUCAGCUGGUGCCUUCAUUUGCUCAUACUUAGUGGUCUCAGAGGCCUAAUUCAUGUGCUUUGGGGUUCCUACAGCCACAUGUUUUUUCUAACCAGAAAUCGACGGAUUGUUCAAAAGGGUGUUGAUUUCAAGCAGAUUGACAAAGAAUGGGACUGGGACAAUUUCUUGAUUCUUCAAGCACUAGUUGCCUCCAUGGCAUGCUAUAUGUUUCCCUUUCUUCAGCAUCUUCCUCUCUGGAAUGUAAAAGGUCUUAUUGUUGCUUUGGUUCUUCAUGUGGGAGUCUCAGAGCCACUUUAUUAUUGGGUGCAUAGGAAGUUCCAUGGAGACUAUCUUUUCACCCAUUAUCAUUCACUUCAUCAUUCAUCUCCUGUACCAGAGUCUUUUACUGCUGGAAAUGCAACACUUUUGGAGCAUCUUAUUAUGACGGUAAUCAUUGGAAUCCCUAUCCUUGGGGCUUCUUUGAUGGGAUAUGGAUCAGCAAGCAUGAUAUAUGGUUAUGUUUUGAUUUUUGAUUUCCUGAGAUGCUUGGGCCACAGCAAUGUUGAAAUUGUUCCUCAUCAAUUGUUCGAGAAACUUCCAUUUCUUAGAUAUGUGAUAUACACACCGACAUAUCACCACCUACACCACUCUGAUAAGGACACUAAUUUCUGCCUCUUCAUGCCUCUCUUUGAUUCACUUGGCAAUACCCUCAACAAAAAUUCAUGGCAAUCACACAAACUACUAAGUUCAGGUUCAGGAAACGGUGACAUGGUACCCCAUUUUGUUUUCCUGGCACAUAUAGUUGAUGUGUCAUCCAGUAUGCAUGCUCAAUUCGUCUAUAGAUCCUUUGCUUCAUUGCCAUACACAACAAGGUUCUUCUUGCUCCCAGGCUUGCCCAUUACUUUUCUAGUUUUGCUAGCAAUGUGGGCUUGGUCCAAGACCUUUUUAGUUAGUUUCUACUAUCUCAGAGGCAGACUUCACCAAACGUGGGUUGUACCUAGAUGUGGCUUUCAGUAUUUCUUGCCAUUUGCUACUGAGGGAAUCAAUAAUCAAAUUGAGCAAGCUAUCCUCAGGGCUGAUAAAAUUGGGGUUAAAGUCAUCAGCCUUGCUGCAUUGAAUAAGAAUGAAUCACUAAAUGGGGGUGGAAAGCUUUUUGUGGACAAGCACCCUAACCUUAGGGUCCGAGUUGUUCAUGGGAACACGUUAACUGCUGCUGUCAUACUCAAUGAGAUCCCUCAAGAUGUGAAGGAGGUGUUCCUAACAGGAGCCACAUCCAAGCUUGGAAGAGCAAUUGCUCUCUACCUUUGCCAAAAGAAAGUGAAAGUUCUGAUGUUAACUCUCUCAACAGAUAGAUUUCAGAGGAUUCAAAAGGAAGCCCCUCCAGAAAAUCAAAGCUAUCUUGUCCAAGUGACAAAAUACCAAGCUGCACAAAACUGCAAGACCUGGAUCGUUGGUAAGUGGAUCACGCCAAGAGAGCAAUACUGGGCACCACGUGGAACCCAUUUUCAUCAAUUUGUUGUCCCACCAAUUUUAUCAUUUAGAAAAGAUUGCACUUAUGGUGACCUGGCAGCCAUGAGAUUACCAGAAGACGUGGAAGGACUUGGGUGUUGUGAGUACACGAUGGAUAGGGGAGUGGUUCACGCGUGCCAUGCAGGAGGAGUGGUACAUAGCCUUGAAGGUUGGUCUCAUCACGAAGUUGGGGCCAUAGAUGUUAACAGAAUCGAUCUUGUGUGGGAAGCAGCACUCAAACAUGGCCUAAGACCAGUGUCAAGUUUCACACAGAAAGAAAAUUAAAAUCAGCUUCAGUCAAAGUAUUUUUCUCAAGUUGUUUCUUAUUUGUUUUGGUGUAUUGCAUGCACAUCACAGUGACCUUAUAAGUGUGAUUAUAUUCUUUCAAGUCUGUGUAUUACAUUUCUAAUGUUUCCUCUUGUAUGUUCAUAUGAUCACAUUGACAGUGAUUCAUUCAUGGUAUAAAUUAAGCCAAAGCAAGAUAGCUUUGCUUCCUCUUGUAUGUUCAA